UACCGCAAAACCUUCCACCGGUUCUUCCGUCUAAGCUUGCCGGGGUCGAGGAGCAGCAGCGAUGAGCCUGGAAAUCGAGAGAGCCGCCUCCUUUCUCGCUGACCUGGAAAUGGGGUCGGUGCUGGCGGCGGAGCCUUCCCCGGCCGGCGCUGCCCCGGCGCUGGUGCUGUCGAGCUCGAUGGACAAGAAGAAAAAGAAGUACGUGAAGCAGGUGACGGGGAGGCACAACGACACGGAGCUCCAUCUCGCGGCGCGGCGCGGUGAUCUGCCCGCCGUGAGGCGGAUCCUCGGCGACGUCGUUGCCCAGGUCGCGGGAAUGACCUCGGAGGUGACGGAGUUGGAAGCGGUGACCGCGGAGAUGGUGUCGGCUGUGGUCAACGAGACCAACGAGUUCGGGGAGACGGCGCUCAUCACGGCCGCCGAGAAGGGGCACCUUAGCGUGGUAGCGGAGCUGCUCCAGUAUUCGGAUAAGGAGAACAUCUCGAGGAAGAACCGAUCAGGGUUCGAUGCUUUCCAUGUGGCGGUGAAAGAAGGACAUCGAGACAUCGUGCAGUUACUUCUCGGCCAUGACCCAACACUCGGCAAGACGUUUGGCCCCUCAAACGUGACGCCGCUUAUAUCUGCGUCGGCGAGGGGCCACACCGAAGUGAUCAAGCAGCUCCUCGCUCAGAAUUUUAGCAUGGUGGAGGUGGCCAAACGCAACGGGAAGAACGCUUUGCAUUUUGCUGCCAGGCUCGGCCAUGUCGAAGCAGUGAAAGCAUUGCUAGAUAAAGAUCCACAACUAGCGCGAAGGACGGACGUCAAAGGCCAGACUGCACUGCACAUGGCCGCCAAAGGAACAAACCAUGAUGUGAUCACAGCACUCGUGGAUUCUGAUCCCGCCAUCGUUAUGUUGCCUGACAAAAACGGGAACACCGCCUUACAUGUGGCGACGAGAAAGAAGCGUGCAGAGAUAGUGAAUCUGCUGUUGCUUCUCCCGGACACGCAUGUCGACGCACUGACAAGAGACCAUAGAACUGCGUAUGAUAUCGCGGAAGAGUUGCCCCUCUCCGAAGAGUCAACGUACAUCAGAGAGUGUUUGUCUCGCUACGGUGCGCUGCGGGCAAAAGAGCUAAACCAGCCUCGAGAUGAGCUUCGGAAAACGGUGACGGAGAUCAAGAAACACGUGCACACGCAGCUUGAGCAGACCAGGAAGACGAACAAGAACGUUUAUGGGAUCGCGAAGGAGCUGCGGAAACUACACAGGGAGGGCAUCAAUAACGCCACCAACUCGGUGACGGUGGUGGCGGUGCUCUUCGCGACCGUGGCGUUCGCAGCCAUAUUCACCGUGCCCGGUGGAAGCGAAGACGACGGGAUCGCGGUCGCCGUCCAUGCCACGGCUUUCAGGGUCUUCUUCAUCUUCAACGCCAUAGCGCUGUUUACGUCGUUGGCGGUGGUGGUGGUGCAGAUCACUCUCGUCAGGAGGGAGACGAAGUCGGAGAGGAGGGUGGUGGAGGUGAUCAACAAGUUGAUGUGGUUGGCCUCGGUGUGCACCACGGUGGCUUUUCUGACCUCCACCUACAUUGUGCUGGGCCGGCGACUGCAGUGGGCGGCGAUACUGGUGACGUUGAUCGGGGGAGUGAUAAUGGCGGGUGUCCUCGGCUCCAUGACCUACUUCGUGGUGAAAUCGAAGCGCAUUCGUAAGAUCAGGAAGAAGGAGAAAUCAUCCAAGAGAAGCGGUUCUACUUCCUGGCAUCACACCUCUGACUUCUCCGAUUCCGAUUUCAAUCCGAUUUAUGCCAUCUAAAGAAGCGUGAAAGGCGUUUGUGGUUGCUUCCAUGUGAUUCUGAAACUGUACAUGAGAGCUCGAUUCAUGUCCCAUUCGUCCCGACGGGUUGCCUCUUGUUCUCGGGUAGCGUGUGCGUCCAAAAGGUUGACUGAGAACCUCGCGACAAGUCAACGAACAUGAUUCUUAAUCAGAUUAAUCUUUGAUUUGUUUA